AUGCCAGCUAUGUUUCUCAACGAUCCAGAAGGGAAGAAGUACAAGGCAGCGUACUUUGAGGGCUUUCCGCAUGUCUGGACGCACGGAGACUUUGCGUAUGUCAACCCAGAAACGAAGGGCAUUGUGAUCACGGGCCGCAGCGACGGGGUACUGAACCCAUCUGGGAUCAGAUUUGGCAGUGGCGAUAUCUACGCUGUGCUGGAGCGGCAUUUCAAGGGGAAGUUCUUGGAUGCGAUUUGCGUAGCGCAGCAGCGGCAUGAGAGGGAUCAAAGUGAGCGAGUGCUGCUGUUCUUGCAAUUGCCAGGCGAGGAAAUGACGGUGCGCGAGGAUCUGGUGAAGGGAAUCAAGGAUGCGAUUGCCACGGAUCUGAGUAGGCGGCAUGUGCCGAACUUCGUAUUUGCCGCGAGGAGGAUCCCGUAUAAUGUUAACGGAAAGCGGCUUGAGAUUCCGCUGAAAGCUGUCAUUUCGGAGGGAGAGAAGGCCUUCGGGAAGAGGAAAUUCACCGCUGAGGAAAGAGAUGUGUUGGAGGACUUUCUGCCGUAUUUCGAGGUUGAGAAGAUGGCAAAGAAUCAUGGCGGUGGAAAGGUGAAAGCCAAGCUGUGA